GUGUCGCGCUUUACAUGUGCUUGCUGCUUUAUUAGUGUCUGGUUCCAUAUUAAAAUACAUUUACUCGUCCCUAUGUCUACUUUGUGCUACAACAAGGGCUGCGGGCAGCGGUUCGACCCUGACAACAACCCGGAUGGCAGCUGCACGUACCACCCCGGCGUCCCAGUGUUCCACGACGCACUGAAGGGCUGGUCCUGCUGCAAGAGACGGACCACCGACUUCUCCGACUUCCUCAGCAUCGCCGGCUGCACGAAAGGUCCCCAUAACAAAGAGAAGCCCCCCGAGCCGGUGAAGCCGGACGUGAUCUCGUCGGGAGAAAAGAAAGACAAAGAUGAUCAGAAGGCCAAAUUUAGCGAGUACAUCAUCUCGGCGCCCAAACCCCAGGAGGCCAUUUGCAGACCCAGUGCCGACGAGCCUAUGCUGAGGUUGCAGCACAAAGUGUCGACUUCUCUCAAGCAAGCUCUGGAGAAGCUCAAGCUGACUGACAACUCGCAGGUGCUCAAAGAAGAGGACAACAGUGACGAGGUCAAGAUCGGAACAGCCUGCAAAAACGGAGGCUGUACUAAAAGCUACGACGGCCCGGCUAGUGACUCGGACACGUGCUUCUUUCACCCCGGAUUCCCCAUCUUCCACGAAGGGAUGAAGUACUGGAGCUGCUGCAAGAAGAAAACCUCAGACUUCAACACCUUUGUCUCCCAGGUUGGCUGCAACAAGGGCCAGCACCUGUGGAGGAAAAAGGAUGAGGGCAAGAAGGUGGUGCCGUGUCGAUUCGACUGGCACCAGACUGGCUCGCAGGUCAUCAUCUCCAUCUACGCCAAGAACGCCGUGCCUGAGCUGACCUACGUGGAUGCCAACAGCACCACAUUGCACAUUCGCGUGAUCUUCGAGGGCGAGAAGGAGUUUGAGCAGGAGAUAAGCCUGUGGGGGGUUAUCAACGUGAGCCAGAGCACCGUCAACAUGAUGGCGGCUAAGAUCGAGGUGGCCAUGAGGAAGUCAGAGGCCAUGUCCUGGGCUCGCCUGGACUUGCCGCCGCCCGCCGCGCCACCUACCCCAGACCACGAGGAAAAAGGCGAGGACGACAGCGAUAGCAAUGAUGAAUGAUAAGACGCGGCAAAACUUUGGACCAUCCGCAGAACUAUUCCACUAUUUGUGAACUUUUGAAAAGGCACACAAUGCACGGUAUGAUGUCAAUGCUGGAUGAACGCAUUUCUGUUUGACUUUCAGCCCUUUUCCCCCCCUCUCAAUUUAGCCAAGAUGUCAGUACUGGGAAAAAAAAUGGCUGAUCAUGUUUAAAGCCAAAUAAAGUGUGAAAAUUA